CUCCUGAAUCAAGGACCCGGAAGUGUCCAUUGGAUAUAGCAACACUGUGGUAAUUGGUGAUCUUGAUGACCAAAUCUGUGGUUGAGUCGAAACAAUCCAGAUAAGAAUGGGUAGAAAAGUGAUUGCAAUCUAAGGUUAUGGUGGAUUAAGCUGUGAGUGGAAAGUACAGGAGUGGAAAGACUUCUUUUUCAGAAAUCUUGAUCUUGAAAGGAUGGAGUGAUAGAAAGUCGAGAGAGGUUAUGGAUAAAGUCUUAAUAUUAACUGUAGCAUUUUUUUAGAAGUAUUUCUUAAAUUAAUGCUCUUGUGUUCUGAUGAUAUAAUAAUCAUCCCCGCACUGAUUUCAUGAACCUUUUCCUGAAUUAUGAGAACUUGAGUUUGAGAGUUAAUCAGUUUUAGGAAAUUAUGGAUUGCUCACGCAUAAUUAGAAAGAGAGGAAAUACAGGCAUAGAGAGUUGAAGGAUAGAACAUGGAAGAUAGCAGUUGUUGUGGUCUUUGUUUCAAAUUAGGGUGCUGAACCUUGCUUGAGGUCUUGUUUCAGGGAGUAGGGAGCUGAAUUGUACGGAUGAACUUAAAUGGUGGGCAAGGAGUUGAAAAGUACCUAUUCAGCUGUAUAGAGAAGGUUAAGUAAAGAUUCAGAGGUUUUUCCAUCUCAAGCAUCCAAGGUAACAUUUCUGGGACUGUAGACAGACCUGCAGAGGAACAGGCAGGAGUCAGUUGUUCAGAAUCCUGAAAUAUCAAGAAGACUGUCAUUGAAUGGAAUAUAGACACACAUUUCUUUUGGAAUGUACAUCUGCCAAUAAAGCAAAAUGCAGGACCAACGCCACACUGAAACCUGUGGGGGAGGGAGAGUCCGGGAAGUUUUAUGAAGGGAGCAGUAGCAGUGUCAGUUCAGAGAAGUUAAGUACAGAUAAGAGAAGUAGUGAAGACCACAGGAAGGACAGCAAGUGUAGGAUCAUUUUCCAUUAUGGACCUUUCCAGGGAACAGCCAGAGGUUGUUGGAUGGACGUAUGGGAACUAAUGUCCCAAGAAUGCAGGGAUGAAGUAGUUUUAAUUGACUCUAGUUGUCUUUUAGAAACACUAGAAACUUACCUGCGAAAACACAGGUUUUGCACUGAUUGCAAAAAUAAAGUCCUCCGAGCAUACAACAUCCUUAUUGGUGAACUUGAUUGCAGCAAAGAGAAGGGCUACUGUGCUGCACUUUAUGAAGGCUUGCGGUGCUGUCCACACGAACGGCACAUACACGUUUGCUGUGAAACAGACUUCAUUGCACAUCUCUUGGGUCGUGCUGAGCCAGAGUUCGCAGGAGGGUAUGAGCGAAGAGAAAGGCAUGCUAAGACAAUAGAUAUAGCUCAAGAGGAAGUUCUGACCUGCUUGGGAAUUCAUCUUUAUGAAAGACUGCAUCGAAUCUGGCAAAAACUACGAGCAGAGGAGCAAACAUGGCAGAUGCUUUUCUAUCUUGGUGUUGAUGCUUUACGCAAGAGUUUUGAGAUGACUGUGGAAAAAGUACAGGGUAUUAGCCGAUUAGAACAACUUUGUGAGGAAUUUUCAGAGGAGGAACGAGUAAGAGAACUCAAGCAAGAAAAGAAACGCCAAAAACGGAAGAAUAGACGAAAAAAUAAAUGUGUAUGUGAUAUUCCUACUCCCUUACAAGCAGCAGAUGAAAAGGAAGUAAGCCAAGAGAAGGAAACAGACUUCAUAGAAAACAGCUGCAAAGCCUGUGGCAGCACUGAAGAUGGUAAUGGUUGUGUAGAAGUCAUUGUUACCAAUGAAAAUACAUCCUGUACCUGUCCUAGCAGCGGCAAUCUCUUGGGGUCCCCUAAAAUAAAGAAAGGUUUAUCACCACACUGUAAUGGUAGUGAUUGUGGAUAUUCAUCUAGCAUGGAAGGGAGUGAAACAGGUUCUCGGGAGGGUUCGGAUGUUGCCUGCACUGAAGGCAUUUGUAAUCAUGAUGAACACGGUGAUGACUCUUGUGUUCAUCACUGUGAAGACAAAGAGGAUGAUGGUGAUAGUUGUGUUGAAUGUUGGGCAAAUUCUGAAGAGAACAACACCAAAGGAAAAAAUAAAAAAAAGAAAAAGAAAAGCAAGAUGUUGAAAUGUGAUGAACAUAUCCAAAAGCUUGGAAGCUGUAUUACAGAUCCAGGUAAUCGAGAGACCUCAGGAAAUACCGUGCACACAGUGUUUCACCGAGACAAGACCAAAGAUGCACAUCCUGAAAGCUGUUGCAGUUCUGAAAAGGGUGGGCAGCCACUGCCUUGGUUUGAACAUAGGAAAAACGUACCACAGUUUGCAGAAUCCACAGAACCGUCAUUUGGUCCUGAUUCCGGAAAAGGUGCCAAGAGCUUAGUUGAACUCCUUGAUGAGUCUGAAUGUACUUCAGAUGAGGAAAUCUUUAUCUCACAAGAUGAAAUACAGUCAUUUAUGGCUAAUAACCAGUCUUUCUACAGCAAUAGAGAACAAUACCGACAGCAUCUGAAGGAGAAAUUUAAUAAAUACUGCCGCUUAAAUGAUCACAAGAGGCCCAUUUGUAGUGGCUGGUUGACAACGGCUGGAGCAAAUUAAAUAAAUAAAAUAGCUCUGUCUUUCAAUGAAACACUCAAGAUGACUACUGCGCCUUCUCUUUCAAAAAACUCUUAAUUUAGUGACUUAUGGCAAAAUUUUAUCUUAAAUCAAUGUGAUUCUUUCUUGUUUUGGGAGACGGUGGAGGUAACCUCAUUAAUUUGUUCUUUCUUCAGGCUUGUGUCUUUAGUUGCGUGGCUGCGCAGGCCUGCCAUAUGAUUUAAGCCAUCUCUCUUCAUUAAAUGUUUCUCUUCCUGUGAGACUUACUAAAGCAACUUAGUGGCAAAAAGUAAUGUUGUACUUAUACUUCUGUACAGAAAUGACAAUGAGCUGAAUAUAUGGUUUUACAAAGUAGACAUCCACUUGCGAAAUGUUUGGAUGUAAUGUUAAAGCGCAAUGUGCAAAAUUUAAAAUAAAGAAUAUUUAUUAAUACGCAUAGUAAAAA